CAAUCCUAUUUUCGAUAGUAACAAAAUGUGCGCACGUGUUUUAUACUUAUUCUUGGCAACCCAUAGCUUAGUAAUCGGUUCUGUGCCUCCAAGUUACGACUAUGUCCACUAUGGGGAAAACGAUACACCAAUUUAUGCGGGAUCAACAAUCACUAAAGUGAAUAGACAAACCAGUCUGGAACGACUGAAAGCGGUUCGUCAGGUGAUGAAUACAACGAGCGUUGACGCAUUUGUAGUGCCUACCGCUGACGCACAUAACUCCCAGUACAUAGCGCCAUCAGAUGCCCGACGCGAAUGGCUGUCAGGCCUGUCGGGCUCAUCAGGCACCGCCCUGGUGACACAGCACCACGCGCUGGUGUGGACAGACGGUCGAUACUUCACACAGUUCGAGAUUGAAGUUGACACCACUGUGUGGACUUUAAUGAGACAAGGCACUGAUCUAUCACUUCAGAAUUGGUUAGCACAGAAUAUGCCCAGAGGUUCAGUGGUGGGAAUCGAUCCCACUACCUACACGCGCUCUGCCUGGACUUCGUUAGAGAGUGCCUUGCUACCAAACAAUGUGACUCUAUUAGCAGUGUCCGAGAACAUAGUCGAUGCAGCAAGGGUUAAUAUAGGGGAUGCUCCACCACCACGACCAAAUAAUCCACUUAUACCACUUGGUGUUGGAUUUACUGGUAGAGUAUCGAGUGAUAAAAUAUCGGAGCUUCUCAGACAAAUCCGGGAGCGAAACGCAGCCGCGCUUGUAUUGACCUCUUUAGAUGAUAUUGCUUAUACUCUGAAUCUCCGUGGUACAGACAUCCCAUACAAUCCAGUAUUUUUCGCUUAUCUGGUCAUAAGAGCUGACGUGCAAACCAACAAUGUAAUUCUAUUCUGGGGCGACGGACAGCUCUCAUCAGAUAUACAACAGCACUUACAAUCCGAAGGGACUCACGUUGAAAUUCAGCGUUACGGCCAAAUAUUUCAGUAUUUGAGGAAUAUGGCGAAUGAAUUGCAGCCUGGCAACACAAUUUGGCUAUCGCGUGAUGGUAGCCACGCCAUUUACUUAGCAGCAGAAACUAAUAACGCAAUAAACACUUUGUCGACAGUAUCACCGGUUGCGCUUAUGAAAUGCGUUAAAAAUGAUGUUGAAUUACGGGGGUUUACAUCGGCUCACAUCAAGGACGGUAUAGCGGUGGUGCGAUUUUUGCGUUGGGUACACGAGCAAGUGGCGGCCGGCGUCAACGUCACGGAGAUAGACGUUGUAGACAAACUGGAUGAGCUUCGGGGUGAGGAAAAUCUAUACAGAGGUCCGUCUUUUGCCACGAUAGCUGGCGCGGGGGAAAACGGCGCCAUCAUCCACUACAAACCCUCUCGCGAGGGUCCACAGAAGGUCAUACAGCGAGACUAUAUGCUACUUGUUGACUCCGGAGGACAAUACAUGGAUGGCACAACAGACAUAACUCGCACGAGGCACAUGAGCUCGUCUCCCACUCCUUCGCAGCGCCUCGCCUUCACGAGGGUGCUGAAGGGGCAGAUAUUACUCGAAACUGCUGUGUUCCCCAGAGGAACUACUGGCAACAUCCUGGAGACGCUAGCGCGCAAAGCGCUGUGGGAUGUGGGAUUAAACUACGCGCAUGGCACGGGACAUGGCGUGGGACAUUUCCUGAACGUUCAUGAAGGACCGUCCGGGAUAGGCGCCGCGCUUAUGUCUGGCGACCCGGGGAUUGUACCUGGGAUGAUCUUUAGCAAUGAGCCCGGUUACUACGAAGUGGGGGAGUAUGGAAUACGGCACGAGGAUCUGGUAGAAGUUAUAGAGAUCAAUAAUAGAACUGCAGACCAUAUUUUUGCGGAUGGGAUGGUGGGCGACUUCGACGGGCGCGGCGCGGUGGGGUUCCGUACGAUAUCGCUGGCGCCGCAUCAGACUGCCUGUCUUGACGUCAAGCUGCUGAAUAAUGACGAGAUAAGAUACCUAAACAGCUACCACGCUAGAGUGUUAGCAACUUUGGGGCCGAUUUUAAAGGCACGCAACCUAACCGCAGAUUACGAUUGGCUGGAGAAGGAGUGCGCGCCAAUACGUAGCGGCGCCAUCUUUGUUGCGUCGUCGCCAUUUUUAGUUUUAAGCGUUAUUUAUAGUCUGUGGUUUGGCUAGACUAUCAAUGCUAUCACCGCUAUAGUCCGUACAAAGGACU